UGGUUUUAAGUAGCAAUUGGGCGGGUUUUGUUGUAAAGAUCCUGGCAACCCUGAUACAUGUGAUAAACCUGUUUCGAAGAGAAGAGGAAUAGACAGCACAAUUGGGAACAUCUUUCUUAAAUAAACACGGAGGUGAUCCAUCUGUCGGGACAUGGCUCGCGAUUUCAAACCUGGUGAUCUGAUUUUUGCUAAAAUGAAGGGUUAUCCCCACUGGCCUGCAAGGAUUGAUGAGAUUCCAUAUGGAGCUGUCAAACCAUCAAAUAUAAAGUUUCCUAUCUUCUUUUUUGGCACUCAUGAAACAGCAUUCUUGGGUCCAAAAGACAUCUUUCCAUAUUUGCCUAAUAAAGACAAAUAUGGCAAACCUAACAAAAGGAAGGGGUUUAAUGAAGGCUUGUGGGAAAUUGAAAAUAACCCUAAAGUGGAGCUUAACGGACAUAAGAUAAUGAAUACUGGAGCAGUUCCUGUUAAGGACUUAAACAGCAGUCAAGAGGGGGAUGAUGAGAAGAGGAGAAAGUCUGCUCAAGUGGCUGGCAGUGAUGAGGAGGAGGAGGAGGAGGAAGAGAAGAAGGAUGAAUGUGGUGACAUGGAGGUUUCUGAUCAGGGACAUUUGAAAGAUGAAGACCUAUCACAGAAAGAUACCACAAAUGUCUCUGCCAAAGAUAAAAGAGGAAGGAAGAGAAAGAUUGAAGCUGAACGAGACUCUGAUACAGAAAACUCAAGCCCCACUUCAAGUGCUCCUGGGUUAGAUUUAUUAUCAGCAGGUGGACCAGUACCAUUACUUAAGCGCAGAGGAAGGAAACCUAAAAUGGAGAAAUCACUGAUUCUGCAACAACGAGCUUCAAAGGAGACAUUGAGAUUAGGAAAAGAUGGGAAGAGAGAUGACAGAAAAGGAGACAAGAGAAAGGACAUUUCUGCAGAGUCCAGACUGCAGAAGUUGCAUGGGGAUAUUAAAACAUCUUUGAAGAUUGAUAACCUUGAUGUGAAGAAAUGUUUAGUUGCAUUGGAUGAGUUGAAUUCAUUGCAUGUUACUACUCAACAUCUUCAGAGACACUGUGAACUCAUAGCUACUCUUAAAAAGAUCCGUCGGUUCAAAGCAAGCCAGGAUGUGAUGGACAAAGCCACAAUGCUUUAUAAUAAGUUUAAAAGCAUGUUUUUAAUGGGAGAAGGAGAGUCAGUGCUCAGUCAAGUGCUCAAUAAAAGUCUGACUGAACAGAGACAGUUUGAAGAGGCCAAGAGGGGAGUGCUAAAAAACACAGAACAGACCAAAGAACAGAAAGAGGUCUGUAUCCAAGCAUGUUAACAGAAAGUUGAGUGGAAUGAAAAAGUGUGGAAGAAAAAGAUGCACAACCAACCGAGAGAACCGCAGCCUUAUGAGGAUUGUCAAGCAAACUGGAUUCAAGAAUUUUAGAGAACUUCACAAGGAAUGCACUGAGGCUGGGGGCAAGGCAUCAAGAGCCACCACACACAGAAGUGUCAAGGAAUUUGGCUACAGUUGUCGUAUUCCUCUUGUUAAGCCACUCCUGUACCACAGACAAUGUCAGAGGCAUCUUACCUGGGCUAAGGGGAAGAAGAAAUGGACUGUUGCCAUUGGUCCAAAGUCCUUUAUUCAGAUGAUAGCAAGUUUUUUAUUUCAUUUGUAAACCGAGGUCCUUGAGUCUGGAGGAAGGGUGGAGAAGCUCAUAGCCCAAAUUGCUUGAAGUCCAGUGUUAAGUUU